AAAAAAAAAAAAAUAAAGAAACAAAAAAAAGAAAGGAAAAAAAGGAAAGAAAAAGAAAUUGCUACUGAAACCGAGACUGGACCGUCGCUGACUUGCUUACAACCACGACUGAGUUCGCCUGAGAACGAGAGAAGCCGAAGAUGGGGUUUGCGGGCUACCGGAGAUAACCGGCAACCAUUUGCCAAGAUGGCCCGAAUCGGAGAUCUUUACUGCAUCGCCGAUGGUUAACGCCGGCGGCCGGCACUCCACCAGGGAGAAGAAGGAGGGGCGGCCGAAAGCGGGGUUGCCAACAAGCGGCAUGCAGAGGUCUUACUCAGACCCCCCAUCGCAGACCGGUCCAUAAAUGAGGACAGUGAGCAUUGUCGUCUGAGCCGUCAAUUGCCACUCACUUUCACACAAGUAUCGUGCUCAGCUGUGUCGACAAGAAAGCGAAAACCGACCAACAUGACGAAGGUUCUCUUGACAGGUGGCUCCGGCUUUAUUGCUGCCCACAUCCUGGAGCAGCUCCUCGCCAAAGGCCACAGCGUGGUGACGACGGUGCGCAGCGAGGACAAGGCGGCCAAGAUCCGCGAAGCGCACCCCGCGCAGGCCGUGUCGGGCGACCUCGUCGUGGCCAUCGUGCCCGACAUCGCGAAGCCCGACGCCUUCGACGAGGUGGUCAAGACGCCCGGCCUGGAGGUUGUCUUCCACACGGCCUCGCCGUUUCACUACAGGUGGACCGACGCCCAAAGAGACCUAAUCGACCCAGCGGUGAUCGGCACGACCGCGAUCCUGCAGGCGGUGGCGCGCUCCGCGCCGACAGUGCGGCGGGUGGUCGUGACCUCGUCCUUCGCAGCCAUCAUCGACGAGGCGCACACGGCCGACCCGACGCACACGUACACCGAAGCGUCAUGGAACCCGGUGACGCUGGCCGACAUCCACCGGUCGCGGCCGACGGCGUACCGCGCGAGCAAGACGCUGGCCGAGCGCGCGGCCUGGGCCUUCGUGCGCGACCCGGCCAACGGCGCCCGCUUCGACCUCGUCACCGUCAACCCGCCCAUGGUCUUCGGCCCCCUCGCCCCCGCGCACUACGUGCCCGCGCUGGACGCGGUCAACACCAGCAACGAGCGGGUGGUGGACUGCCUGCGCGGCAAGUGGCGCGACGAGGUGCCCGAGACCGGCGCGGCCAUGAUCUGGGUGGACGUCAGGGACGUGGCGACGGCGCAUGUGAAGGCCGGGCUGGAGAUCCCCGAGGCCGGUGGCAGGCGGCUGUUCACGACCGCGGGGCUGUUCAGCCACGCCGAGAUGGCGAGCAUCGUGCGGAGGAACUUCCCUGAGUAUAAGGACCUGCUGCCGACGGAGGAGACCAAGGGCGGGGAGCUGCCGCCGGAGAACGAGCGGUACAAGUUCGACAACUCGGCGACCAGCGCGCUGCUGAAGAUCGACUGGAUUCCGUUUGAGAAGAGCAUCGUCGAUACGGUAAACAGCCUGAAGAAGGUUGGUGCGUAGGGCUCGCCGUCGGCGCAGGACUGUACUUGUGACGAUAGAGAAUAGACGAGCCUAGGCAAUAGCCGUCGUCGCUUUGCUUUGCCUACCGGGCCUCCAACUCUUUAAUCCGUUUCAGGAUCCCAACUUUCCAUUCCGCAUAGGCCUUCCUCUUCCUCUCGCUCAGGUAGUCGUAUCGUUCCUGGAACAUGCUAUCCGGCCGCCCAACCAGGCCCAUCACCACCGCCUCCCCCGCCGCCGCCGCCCCGUCCUCCCUCUCCCCAUCCUGCCUCGCCCUUUCCCUCUCCGCCAACUCCUCCACCCCCCUCACCCACUCCAGAUCAAACCACCCCCGCCGACUCCCCCUCACAGCAGCAACAUCAAACUCCCUCACGCUUACCUCCCCUUCCCACCCAUCCCACCA